AAGCUCCGCCCCCGCGGUUUCCAGGGCGACGCAACGGCCGCGUGUCCCAGCCAAUGGCGCCUGGCGUUGCUAUGGGAGCGGGCGUGCGGGCCAAUGGCGAGCGGCGUUGCUCAGGAGAGCGAGGCGGGGCCAAUGAGGGGCCUCCUUGCUGUUGCCUGGGCAGCGGAGCCGAGGAAGGGAAGGGAAGGGAAGGGAAGGGAAGGGGCGUCGGGGCUGGCUGCCUGGGCCCUCGGCCGAGGAGGAGCAGGCGGAGGAGGGCGGCAGCGGCGAGCAGCGCAGGAGACCCUCCAGGCGAUCUGUGGCAAACAGGAGGAUGAACCUGCCCUACUGUCAGCAGGUUUAUGAUGGAGAUACGCUGCGGUGGCCUCUUGUUCAGCUCCAAGUUUGACUCUGGGAACUUGGCCCACGUGGAGAAGGUGGAACACCAGGAGAUCGAUGGCGACCCCACAGGGAAUGGCGGCAGCGGCAGCAGUGGCGGCACCUCGGCCUCCUCCAUGGUGUUUGGCACCUCUCUCCCCUUCGCUGACUAUGAGUUUAACGUCUGGACAAAGCCAGACUGUGGAGACACAGAAUACGAAAAUGGGAACAGGUCCUGGUUCUACUUCAGUGUGCGCGGAGGAGUGCCAGGCAAGCUGAUCAAGAUCCACAUUGUGAACAUGAACAAGCAGACCAAGCUCUACUCCCAGGGAAUGGCCCCCCUGGUGAAGACGAUGCCUGCCAGGCCUCGCUGGGAGCGCAUCCGGGAACGGCCGGCCUUUGAGAUGGUGGAUACCCAGUUUGUCCUCUUUGUGCACCGCUUCUUGGACUGCCGAGGCGCCAACUACUUUGCCUUCUGCUACCCAUUUUCGUACACGGAAUGCCAGGACAUGCUGGCACAGUCGGAUGCCCACUUUGCAGAGUGCAGGACACCUCCCUCCUAG